AUGUAUUUUAAUUUAACACUCAACGAAGCUGUAAACUUAAUUUCUAAUUUUAGAAAUAAUAUAUAUCACCAACUUGUCAAUUUCCUAAUUAUGGAUAAAACUGCAGUCUUUCAAUUUAGUAAAUCCAAAAAGAAUUUUCUGUAACAAUAUUAAUUUUAAACAAUACAUGGUUUUAUGCAUACACUAUUCUAGAUGAUGAUAAUUAUGAAGUAAUUUUUUCUCAAUAAUUUAUUCUAGAUUGUUGUUGAAAAUGAAAAUUCCUUAUUUGGUAUUUCAAUCAUUUCAUUUGAUAAUAUUAAUAUUACUGCACUUCCAUCAUUUUUUUUAAAUUUUAUUGUCCUUAAGUCUGAUAGGGAUCAAUAACAGAUCUCCUUAUCCAAUACUAAAUAAAGUUCAAACAGUAUCUAUAUUAUUGGAUUGUAUAAUUUCAAUUCAACCUAAAUUCAAAAAAUUACAAUCACAAUUACGUAUUAAUAAUUUAUGAAAAUAGAAACUCUAUAAAAAAUGAAGAAUUUCCAUUUUGGGCUACAAUGCUUUUGUUGUCUAUUGUAAUCUUUGGCUUGAUACUUUUUAUUAUAAUACUAAGUAACUUUAGACAAUAAUACAAAAAAUUAACUCAAAUUAAACCUGCUUUGGAUAGAAAAGUUUUCUAAAAGUUUAUGCCAACUUUAAAAAUAGACUCUAAAAUGAUUUCAGAAACUUGUUCUGUUUGCCUCGUGCAAUUUGAACUAAAAGAAAAAUAUUGUCAAACCCCUUGUUAACAUUAUUUCCAUUAACAAUGCCUAUUAGAUUGGUAUUCAAAUAAUUUUAUUUUAUGAAAGGACUACAAAAUAGGCUAAUUGUCCAGUUUGUAGAUAAGGUUUACUUGAAAAUGAAAUCAUUUAAUUAUUGGAAGCAAAAAGCAACAGAAAUCGUGAAACAAAAGAGUUGAAUAUUUAGGAAGCAAUAAAAUCAAAGGAUAAUCCACCCCAAUCUUAAACUUAUAGGGAUUUACCAUUUCUUCAACUAUCAUCGUCUCCUUCUAGAACUUAGUAUAAAAUAGAAUUGGAUAAUUCACCUUAAGCAGGAAAUUCCCCAUAAAUUAUUUAAUUUGAUGGAUCUCCAUAAAAUCUAACAAAUCGAAAUCUUUGUUUUUAAUCAGAUGUAAUUGUAGAAUCAUAAAAUUGA